AUGGGUUCAUUUAACGCACGGGUGAAGCGAUCUCGUCGCUGGUACGAGGCAGCUACCAAGCUUGGCUGGGGAUGUCUCCUCCUCAUGCCUGUCGAGAUAGUGACGGUGAGCUGGGUUGAGCAGACGCUGCUCGUCUCCGAAUGGAGCCUGUAG